GGAGCUAGAAAUUGUCAAUUGGCGAGGCGAUGAGGAUCAGUGGCUGGAGGGACCGAGCUCGGCAUCUGCGCCAUCGCGCUGGAUGCCGUUUCGCAAACGCCUUUGGGUGGAGAAGCGAGACUUCGUGAGCUUGCCAGGGCACCCGGAGGCCAUGCAUCCUGUGCAGUCAUUUUGGGAAGGGCUGGUCCAGCAGUUCCACGCAGUCGUGAUGAAGCUCGGGAUCC